CGGGGCUUCCGGUGGGGCUGCUGAGGCGGCGGCUUUCGGAGGUAGCGGGAGCGGGGCCGCCAUGAUCAAGAAGUUCGAUAAAAAGGACGAGGAGUCCGGCAGUGGCUCCAACCCUUUCCAGCAUCUGGAGAAGAGCGCUGUGCUUCAGGAGGCACGGCUCUUCAAUGAGACCCCAAUAAACCCACGAAGAUGCCUCCACAUCCUUACCAAGAUCCUGUACCUGCUGAACCAGGGUGAGCACUUCGGAACCACGGAAGCCACAGAAGCUUUUUUUGCCAUGACCAGAUUGUUUCAGUCCAAUGAUCAAACCCUCAGAAGAAUGUGUUACCUGACAAUCAAAGAGAUGGCCAAUAUCUCUGAGGAUGUCAUCAUUGUCACCAGCAGUCUCACCAAAGACAUGACAGGGAAGGAGGAUGUCUAUCGAGGCCCGGCCGUCCGAGCUCUGUGCAGGAUCACUGAUGGUACAAUGCUCCAGGCCAUUGAGAGGUACAUGAAGCAGGCCAUUGUGGACAAAGUCCCUGGCGUGUCCAGCUCUGCACUCGUGUCUUCCUUGCACAUGAUGAAGAUCAGCUAUGAUGUGGUCAAAAGGUGGAUCAAUGAAGCUCAGGAAGCAGCUUCCAGUGACAACAUCAUGGUACAGUAUCAUGCUUUGGGGCUGCUCUAUCACCUUAGGAAAAACGACCGCCUGGCUGUGUCCAAGAUGCUGAAUAAAUUCACCAAAUCUGGCCUGAAGUCCCAGUUUGCCUACUGCAUGCUGAUCAGGAUUGCCAGCAAACUCCUCAGGGAGUCUGAAGAGGGGCACGAAAGUCCCCUGUUUGACUUCAUCGAGAGCUGCCUGAGGAACAAGCACGAGAUGGUGAUUUAUGAGGCUGCCUCUGCCAUCAUCCACCUGCCCAACUGCACUGCCAGGGAGCUGGCACCUGCUGUGUCAGUGUUGCAGCUUUUUUGCAGUUCUCCCAAACCCGUCCUGCGCUACGCGGCCGUGCGGACCCUCAAUAAAGUGGCCAUGAAACAUCCAUCUGCAGUCACUGCCUGCAACCUGGACCUGGAGAACCUCAUCACAGACUCCAACAGGAGCAUUGCCACGCUGGCCAUCACCACCCUGCUCAAAACUGGCAGCGAGAGCAGCGUGGACAGGCUCAUGAAACAGAUCUCCUCCUUCGUGUCAGAAAUCUCAGAUGAGUUUAAGGUUGUGGUCGUGCAGGCCAUCAGUGCCCUGUGCCAGAAGUACCCUCGCAAGCACAGCGUGAUGAUGACCUUCCUCUCCAACAUGCUCAGGGAUGAUGGUGGCUUUGAGUACAAGAGAGCCAUUGUGGAUUGCAUCAUCAGCAUCAUCGAGGAGAACCCCGAGAGCAAGGAGGCGGGGCUGGCUCACCUCUGCGAGUUCAUCGAGGACUGCGAGCACACCGUGCUGGCCACCAAGAUCCUGCACCUGCUGGGCAAGGAGGGGCCCAGGACCCCCUGCCCCUCCAAGUACAUCCGCUUCAUCUUCAACAGGGUGGUGCUGGAGAACGAGGCUGUCAGGGCUGCUGCUGUCAGUGCUCUGGCCAAGUUUGGGGCCCAGAAUGAGAAUCUGCUCCCCAGCAUCCUGGUGCUGCUGCAGAGGUGCAUGAUGGACAGCGACGACGAAGUCAGGGACAGGGCAACGUUCUACCUGAAUGUCCUGCAGCAGAGACAGCUGGCCCUGAAUGCUGCCUACAUUUUCAAUGGGCUGACAGUGUCUGUUCCUGGCAUGGAGAAGGCCCUGCACCAGUACACCCUGGAGCCCUCAGAGAAACCCUUUGACAUGAAAUCAGUUCCCCUGGCUACAGCCCCCAUCUUGGAGCAGAAAGCAGAGAUUGCCCUGGUGACCAGCAAACCUGAGAAAGUGGCUCCUUCACGCCAGGAUAUAUUUCAAGAACAACUGGCAGCCAUCCCAGAGUUUAAGGGCCUGGGUCCCUUGUUCAAAUCCUCAGAGCCAGUGCAGCUCACAGAAGCAGAAACAGAGUAUUUUGUUCGCUGCAUCAAACACGUGUUCCCAGCCCACAUCGUCUUCCAGUUUGACUGCACAAACACCUUGAAUGAUCAGCUCCUGGAGAGAGUGACGGUGCAGAUGGAGCCAUCAGAGGGUUAUGAUGUGAUCUGCUGCAUCCCAGCUCCCAGCCUGGCCUACAACCAGCCUGGCAUGUGCUACACCCUGGUCAGGAUCCAGGAUGACCCCACUGCAGUCGCCUGCACCUUCAGCUGCACCAUGAAGUUCACGGUGCGGGACUGCGACCCCAGCACGGGGGUGCCAGAGGAGGAUGGCUACGAGGAUGAGUAUGUGUUGGAAGACUUGGAGGUGACAGUGUCUGAUCAUCUCCAGAAGGUUCUAAAGCCCAACUUUGCAGCUGCCUGGGAGGAGGUGGGAGAUGACUUUGAGAAAGAAGAAACCUUUGCCCUCAGCUCCAUCAAAACCCUGGAUGAAGCUGUCAAUAACAUCAUCAAGUUCCUGGGCAUGCAGCCCUGUGAGAGGUCAGAUAAAGUGCCAGAAAACAAAAAUUCUCACACCCUCUACUUGGCUGGUGUGUACAGAGGUGGCUGUGACGUGCUGCUCAGGUCCAGGCUGGCUCUCGGGGACGGUGUGACCAUGCAGGUGACAGUCAGGAGCAAGGACGAGACGUCCGUCGAUGUCAUCCUGGCCUCCGUGGGCUGAGGCUUCCAGUGAGCUCCUGGAACUGUCCCUUUGUCCCGCUGUCCUUCUGCACGGGGUUUUUAUUCCUCUGUUUGGGAAAUCUUUUCUAUGCUGUCCAUUAGUGGCUGGUACUGAGCCAUGCCCGUGUCCCUUCCCUCACUGUCACACCGUUCCCACCUCACUUAGGGCAUCUCAACCAGGGAAGAGAAAAGAUGCGAGAAAACGGAAUCAGAUUUUUGUCCAAAUUGCUUUUUAUUAACAGAAAAUAAACACUGGUUCGAGUGGUGGAAUUCUUAUGAAUUCCUGUUAAUAAAAUAGAAUUUUUUUGUUCUAAUUCUGUCUGCUCCAGUACAGAAAAAAUAUCCCAUAAGGGCUGUUUAUAAAGCAAAAACCCCUUAUUCCUAAAGGGAUGCUAUUAAAUUCCCAACAUAAACUGGUAAAAACCACCCCAAACCUCCAGAUUUGCAAUAUUUUUGUGACCGUCUCUUCUUCCACACAGAAAAAUCAAUGUACAGAGAGAGAUUAAACUCCAUCUCUUGAGGCAGAUUCAAUUCUCUGAGCUUUAUGUCA